AUGGAGAACGGUCUAGUGGACUAUUCCCCCCGCCACCCAACGAAGACGGAGAAGCUUGAGUCGGCCUCCAACGUGGUCCUGAUUGACAACUACGACUCAUUUACUUGGAAUGUUUACCAGUAUCUGGCGCUUGAGGGUGCAACGAUCACCGUCUAUCGAAAUGAUCAGAUCACACUAGAUGAACUGAUUGCGAAGAAGCCGACUCAGCUCGUGAUAAGCCCUGGUCCAGGUCAUCCUGAAACCGACUCGGGUGUCAGCAGGGCCGCUAUCGAGUACUUCAGUGGGAAGAUACCUGUGUUCGGCGUCUGUAUGGGACAUCAGUGCAUCAUUUCUGUGUUCGGCGGCAAAGUUGAUGUAACUGGUGAGAUCUUGCAUGGCAAAACUUCGGUAUUGACACACGAUGCGAAGGGAGUCUACUCCGGGCUCCCGGCUUCCUUGAAUGUUACCAGAUACCAUUCUCUGGCUGGUACGCAUCCUACCCUUCCGGACUCGCUUGAGGUAUCCUCUUGGGCCAACGUAGACCUUGGCCGGAACCCCAUUAUCAUGGGUUGCAGACAUAAAGAAUUUACAACGGAGGGUGUGCAAUUUCACCCGGAAAGUAUCUUGACUGAACAUGGAAGGUCGAUGUUCCGGAAUUUUCUCAGGUUGCGUGGUGGUACCUGGAAGGAGAAUGCAGCCUUCUUUUCCAAGCAACCAAUAACUGUAUCUUCUGGCGGAGGCAAAGGGGAAAAGAAAAUUUCUAUCUUGGAAAAGAUUUACGCACAUCGAAAGGAAGCAGUUGCAGCUCAAAAAUUGAUCCCAUCGCAGACUCCUGAGGACCUUCAAGCUGCCUACAAUCUUGGCAUCGCCCCCCCACAGAUAUCAUUUCCUGAUCGACUAAGACGGACACCAUACAAUCUAGCCUUAAUGGCUGAAAUUAAAAGAGCCUCUCCUUCGAAGGGGACGAUUGCAGCCUCAGUCUGCGCACCUGCACAAGCCAGAAAGUAUGCUGUCGCUGGGGCCAGUGUUAUAUCAGUUUUAACAGAGCCAGAAUGGUUCAAAGGUAGCUUAGAUGACAUGCGUACCGUACGGCAGAGCCUUGAAGGACUGCCUAAUCGUCCUGCCGUCCUUCGGAAGGAAUUCAUAUUUGACGAAUACCAGAUUCUCGAAGCACGCCUUGCCGGUGCGGAUACAGUAUUGCUCAUUGUCAAGAUGCUUAGUGUUGAGUUGUUGACGAAGCUCUAUAAAUAUUCUCGAAGUCUAGGAAUGGAGCCAUUAGUCGAAGUUAACACGCCAGAGGAGAUGAAGAUCGCCGUUGAAUUGGGCUCCCAGGUGAUCGGUGUGAACAAUCGCGAUCUCACAAGCUUCGAGGUGGAUCUAGGUACCACCAGUCGGCUGAUGGACCAAGUCCCAGAAACAACUAUCGUUUGCGCACUGAGUGGUAUCUCAGGGUCUGCGGAUGUCGGGGCGUAUAAAAAGGAUGGAGUAAAGGCUAUAUUAGUUGGAGAAGCAUUGAUGCGGGCCAAAAACACGGAGAACUUUGUUUCCGAGCUUCUUGGGGGCAGUGUAGGUUCCAAAUCUUCUAAGAUCUCGUCACCCCUGGUUAAGAUCUGUGGAACGAGGACCCCAGAGGCAGCCCGUGCCGCUAUCGAGGCGGGUGCCGAUUUGAUUGGCAUAAUUCAAGUUGAAGGUCGUAAGAGGCGAGUAUCUGAUGAGGUUGCUUUGCAAAUAUCGGAAGUCGUCAAGGCAACGCCACGCCCGUCCGGGAAACGACCUGCGGAUGAGGAAUUACCAAUUUAUUUUGAACAUUCAGCAAAUACACUGCGCCAUCCUACUCGUGCUCUUCUUGUUGGCGUCUUUGCCGGUCAGCCUUUGUCCUACAUCAUCGAACAACAGCGUAAGCUGGGACUUGAUGUUGUUCAGCUUCAUGGAGAUGAACCUGUAGAAUGGGCGAGUUUAAUACCUGUUCCCGUGGUUCGAAAAUUCAGUCCUGGUGAUCCUAGUGUCUCUCGUCAAGCUUAUCAUGCCCUACCCUUACUUGAUUCUGGUGCUGGUGGCUCGGGGAAACUGUUAGAUGUGUCGUCUGUGGCUAAAGAGCUGGAGGGCAAUGCCGGGCUUCGCAUCAUUCUCGCUGGUGGUCUUAAUCCCCAGAACGUAACUGAGGUAGUGAAGAGCCUGGGUGAUUCAGCCUCGAAGGUUGUUGGCGUCGAUGUGAGUAGCGGUGUCGAGACAGGUGGUGCUCAAGACCUUGAAAAGAUCCGUGCCUUUGUUUCGGCUGUCAAGGGGCAAGCAGCUCUUUAA